CAGCAAGCAAGAAGAAGAAGCUGCGGAGAAACGAAACGAAAGCAACGAAAAAGAAAGCAAUGCCCCAGUUUUGGAAGCCAGGCACCGAGAAACCGCGCCUUCUCGACGACGAGGAGGGUGGUCUUCUCUUCUUCUCUUCUUCUCACUCUUCUUCCUCUGGAUUUGGGUAUUCGAGUAUCGAGAGGCUGAGACAGAGGCUUCCCGUGUACAAGUACCGCACCGCCAUUCUUUAUUUGGUGGAGACCCAUUCCACCACCAUUGUUGUUGGCGAAACGGGCAGUGGCAAAACCACUCAGAUUCCUCAGUACCUCAAAGAAGCAGGUUGGGCUGAUGGUGGGCGUGUUAUAGCUUGCACACAACCAAGAAGAUUGGCUGUUCAGGCAGUUGCUUCAAGAGUGGCUGAAGAAAUGGGGGUCAAGCUUGGAGAGGAAGUUGGCUACACAAUAAGAUUUGAAGAUAUCACCAAAAAUGGUGUAACUAUGAUAAAGGUUCUCACGGAUGGGGCUUUACUUAGGGAAAUGAUGGAUGAUCCUCUCUUGACUAAGUAUAGCGUCAUAAUGGUAGAUGAGGCUCAUGAAAGAUCUAUCUCAACUGAUAUUUUACUAGGUCUCUUGAAAAAGAUCCAACGACGUCGACCUGAGUUACGUUUGAUAAUCUCCUCUGCCACAAUUGAAGCAAAGUCCAUGUCUGAUUUUUUCAACACCAGCAAAAAGCGCCGGGAAACGGAAGGUGGUGUCCAAGGACCAAGGAUGGAUCCUGCAAUCCUAUCGGUUGAGGGUAGAGGGUUUAAUGUACAAAUUCAUUACAUGGAAGAGCCUGUAUCCAACUAUGUUCAGGCUGCUGUUUCAACAGUAUUGUCCAUUCAUGAUAAGGAACCAAUGGGAGAUAUUUUGGUGUUUCUUACUGGACAAGAUGAUAUUGAUGCUGUCGUACAAAUGCUUAAUGAAGAAAUUCAAAGCCGUGGGAGAAACUCUUCAGGAUUGCUUACUUUGCCUCUCUACUCUGGUCUUCCACGUGCUGAGCAGGAGCUUGUGUUUACUUCCACUCCUAGAGGGAAGAGGAAAGUAGUGAUAUCAACAAAUGUUGCAGAGACGUCCUUAACUUUGGAGGGAAUUGUCUAUGUUGUUGAUAGUGGCUUUUCAAAGCAACGGGUCUACGAUCCUAUAUCGGAUAUUGAAAAUCUCGUAGUGGCACCAAUAUCGAAGGCUUCUGCUAGGCAAAGAGCUGGUAGGGCAGGAAGAAUUCGCCCAGGGAAAUGUUACAGGCUAUACACAGAAGAGUAUUUUAUCAAUGAAAUGGCCACAGAGGGGAUUCCAGAGAUCCAACGAUCUAAUCUUGUUUCCUGCGUCAUUCAGUUAAAAGCCUUGGGAAUAGAUAAUAUCUUGGGCUUUGAUUGGCCAGCAUCUCCAUCACCUGAAGCCAUGGUUCGGGCACUUGAAGUACUUUAUUCACUCGGAGUCCUGGACGAUGAUGCCAAACUUACUUCUCCGGCUGGAUUCCAAGUUGCAGAGAUUCCAUUAGAUCCUAUGAUUUCAAAAAUGAUCUUGUCCUCAAGUCAACUUGGAUGUUCAGAGGAGAUAAUAACUAUCGCUGCCAUUCUCUCCAUUCAAUCUAUAUGGGUUUCUGGAAGGGGAGCUCAAAAGGAACUGGAUGAGGCAAAGUUGAGAUUUGCUACUGCUGAGGGUGACCAUGUGACCUUCCUGAAUGUUUAUAAAGGAUUUUUCCAGUCUGGUAAAUCUUCACAGUGGUGUCAUAAGAACUUUGUGAACUAUCAUGCCAUGAAAAAAGUAAUUGAAAUUCGAGAUCAACUCAGAAGAACGGCACAGAGAAUAGGCAUUUCCUUAAAAUCCUGUGAAGGAGAUAUGCUGGCAGUGAGAAAGGCAAUUACUACUGGGUUUUUUGCAAAUGCGUGUCAUUUAGAAGCAUACAGCCACAGUGGGAAGUACAAGACCAUAAGAGGUUCUCAAGAAGUCUACAUUCACCCUUCAUCCGUGUUGUUCAGAGUUAAUCCCAAGUGGGUAAUAUACCAUUCGCUUGUAUCAACUGACAGACAAUACAUGAGGAAUGUGAUUUCCAUCGACCCAUCUUGGCUAACAGAGGUUGCCCCACAUUUUUACCAGCACCAGCGUCCCACUUCAAUGCUUCACUAACUCUGCCUUCAGAUUCAUCUCAAGUCUUAUUGCGGAACACAGCCUACGCUGCCCUGCCCCGCCAGAUAUACAUUUUUCCUAAUCCAGUUGGGACUUGGGUUGGUGGAUCCCUAAAAAAUUAAGCACGAGCGUUAGAGUUUGGGUUCGUUUUGCAUCAAAUGGUUUUGAAGUUCAUUAAUUGGGGUAUGAAUUAGUUGAUAGAGUUUAUUAGCAAAAAGGAUUAGUUGAUAGGGAGCUUUGAUUAGGAAAGAACAUAACAGAGUUUAGGGGCUGGGAUAUUUUUCUGUUCUAGAAUGAUGGCAUUGCCGAUGCGUGCCGGAUAUUCUUAUGUUCAUAAACAGAAUGUUUCUUAUCUAUACACCGGUAUUGUAUGUUUAUGGAUGUUAGAUAUAGUCAAAAUUACAUCAAAAUGAAAACAAACAGAAACAAGUCCUACUAGCAGGUAUUGAUAACCUUUUCAUACCCCAAAAAAAUAGUUUGUAUUAUUAUUCUUUGGGUACUUAUAUAUAUAUCGCAAGUGGCUCUGCUGGGUUAGUUUAGCCAAUUAAAAGAAAUGACCCUUUUGGAUUGAAACAAACAAACGGGAUGUAAUUAGGUAGAAGAGAAAUGGAUUGA